UUUUCUUCCAGAUUUCUCUGAGAAAUAUUUCGACGACACUUACGAGUAAAGGUGUCUCUGGGGAGUUCUGAAGUAGGUAGAAGUCAGAUUGAUUGAGCAGUGAGCACACGAGUGGAGCAAAUAAGUGGAGAGCGAUGGCAGUAGUUGCAUCCGCUCCUGGGAAGGUUUUGAUGACUGGGGGCUACCUUAUCUUGGAGAGACCAAAUGCUGGCCUUGUUCUCAGUACAAGCGCUCGUUUCUACGCGAUCGUGAAGCCAAUUUAUGAAGUUGUCAGUCCUCACAGCUGGGCGUGGGCAUGGAUAGAUGUGAAGUUGACAUCUCCUCAACUCUGUAGAGAAAGCAUGUACAAAAUGUCACUAAAGCACUUGACCCUUCAGUGUGUCUCUUCAAGGCAAUUGAGCAACCCUUUCGUGGAACAAGCAUUACAAUACACUGUGGCAACUGCACAUGCAAUAUUUGCUGAAAAAAGUAAGAAGGAUGUGCUAUGUAAUCUACUUGUGCGAGGUCUUGAUAUUGCAAUAUUAGGUUGCAACGAUUUUUAUUCAUACCGUAAUCAGAUUGAGGCACACAGACUCCCUUUGACACCUGAAUCAUUGGCCUCCCUUCCGCCUUUUUCAGCUAUUACGUCUAAUGUAGAGGGUUUAAAUGGGGAGAAGUUUAAACCUGAAGUUGCUAAAACCGGGUUGGGAUCAUCUGCAGCAAUGACGACUGCAGUGGUUGCAGCUUUGCUUCAAUACCUCGGAGUUGUUAAUCUUCCACUUCCAACUAAUAUUCUAGACCAAGGAAAGAUCGAAAGUGAGGAUCUUGAUUUGGUGCACGUGGUAGCCCAAAGUGCUCAUUGUAUUGCACAAGGGAAAGUUGGCAGUGGGUUUGAUGUCAGUGCUGCAGUCUAUGGCAGUCAACGCUAUGUUCGUUUUUCACCAGCAGUGCUUUCUUCUGCUCAGGAUGCUGUCAAAGGGAAGCCAUUGCAAGAGGUCAUUACUGAUGUUAUAAAAGGAAAUUGGGAUCACCAGAAGACUAAGUUCUCCUUACCACCAUUGAUGAAUCUUCUCUUAGGUGAGCCAGGAACAGGAGGAUCAUCAACACCAUCAAUGGUAGGUGCUGUUAAGAAGUGGCAAAUAUCUGAACCUCAAAAGUCCCAAGAUACAUGGAGAAGGUUAGCAGAAGGGAACUCAGAACUCGAACUACAACUCAAUAUACUGAGUAAAUUGGCAGAAGAGCAGUGGGAUACCUACAAAUAUGUCAUCAACAAGUGCAGUACGCAUAAGUGUGGGCAGUGGAUGGAGCAAGCCACUGAUCCAUGUGGACAAGCAAUUGUUAACGCUUUGUUAGGAGCAAGAGAUGCUGUUCUUGACAUCAGAUUACAUAUGCGUCAAAUGGGUGAGGCUGCAGGUGUUCCGAUAGAGCCCAAAUCACAAACUCAGCUUCUUGAUACCACCAUGAAUAUGGAAGGGGUUUUGUUGGCUGGAGUUCCUGGAGCAGGUGGAUUUGAUGCAAUUUUUGCUGUAACUUUACGUGACUCCAGCAGCUGUGUCACCAAAUUGUGGACUUCACUUGGUGUUCUAUCACUGCUAGUGAGAGAAGAUCCUCGUGGUGUUUGUUUAGAGAGUGGAGAUCCACGAGCCAAGGAAAUCUCAUCAGGCAUUUCUUCCAUUCAUAUUGCAUAGGAUAUUUUUGCCUCUUGCAUGUAUCAGAUAAGUCCUGAUCAAAAUAAAGAAAAUGAU